GCCCUCAACUACGGAGUUACAGCAGGUGUAGCAACCCCACUUUAACUAUCUGGACUUAGUAAGGUCGAUUACAGUGAACUGAGCUUUGACUACCGUAACAGUAAGAAAACCUGGAGCUUGAAGUCGGCAGUUGGGACCCCUCAUUGUUUGGGUAAGCUUGCGACGAAAGUCAUACGUCAUGACAUCUUCAGACCACAGCUUAAGCUGAGGGGUCAUAUAUAAAUACCCAAUGCAACCCGCGUUCACGUAUCGUGUAUUGUGACGAGCAAGUUCGUUGCAGAUAAUAAUCACUUGUCAUCUAAUUGUUGGAUUCGUCAUUCGAUGACUUCGAUUAUAUCUAGUGGUCUUGAGAAAGUUCAGCACACCAUGUCUUCAGCCACUGAAGGGGCGAAGAUCGCCGACCUCAAGAAGGACACCAUUGAUGUCCAUGAUCCUAAUAACAGAAUCACCACUGACUUCGGUGUGAAGUCAAGCAAUACCGAUGAUUGGCUCAAGGCUUCGUCCGGCGACAAGACCGGACCUAUGCUGCUGGAGGACUUUGUCGGAAGGGAGAAGAUUCACCGCUUCGAUCAUGAACGCAUCCCGGAGCGUGUAGUCCAUGCCCGUGGUGCUGCGGCUUUUGGUACCUUUAAGCUAUACGAAAGUGCUGAAGAUGUCACUACGGCUGGAGUUUUGACGGACACUUCUCGAUCAACUCCUGUCUUCCUUCGAUUUUCCACUGUAUUGGGAAGCAGAGGAAGUGCUGAUACCGUACGCGACGUUCGUGGCUUUGCCGUCAAGUUUUACACGGACGAGGGUAACUGGGACAUUGUUGGAAACAACAUUCCUGUCUUCUUCAUUCAGGAUGCGAUUAAGUUCCCAGACAUCAUCCAUGCUGGCAAACCCGAACCUCACAAUGAAGUUCCUCAAGCUCAAACUGCACACAACAACUUCUGGGACUUCCAAUUCUUGCACACUGAGACAACCCAUAUGUUUAUGUGGACCCAGAGUGAUCGCGCUAUUCCUCGAUCGUACCGAAUGAUGCAGGGCUUCGGUGUCAACACUUUCACUCUUACCAAUAAGAAGGGAGAGCGUCACUUUGUAAAGUUCCACUUCACACCUACUUUGGGCGUGCACUCCUUGGUUUGGGAUGAAGCCCUGAAAAUUGCUGGUCAAGACCCCGACUUCCAUCGCAAGGAUCUCUGGGACGCCAUUGAAGCCGGAGCUUACCCGAAAUGGAGAUUUGGUAUCCAGACAAUUCCCGAGUCCAAGGAACACGACUUCGAUUUCGAUAUUUUGGACGCCACCAAGGUCUGGCCGGAGGAGCUCGUCCCUAUCCGGUACAUUGGUGAACUCGAGCUCAACAGAAACCCCGAUGAGUACUUUACUCAAACGGAGCAAGUCGCUUUCUGCACGUCGCACGUGGUUCCUGGAAUUGGCUUCUCAGAUGAUCCUUUGUUGCAGGGUCGUAACUUUUCUUACUUUGAUACUCAAAUCACUCGGCUGGGUGUCAACUGGGAAGAACUUCCGAUUAACCGGCCUGUGUGUCCUUAUAUGAACCACCAACGCGACGGCGCAAUGAGGCACCGGAUUUCAAAGGGCACUGUCAAUUACUGGCCUAAUCGAUUUGGUGUUGGCCCGCCUGCAACCAAGGAGGAGGGCGGAUAUCUGGAAUAUCCGGAAAAGAUUGCUGGAUUGAAGCAGCGUCUCCGGAGCAAGAAAUUCUCCGACCACUAUAGCCAGGCACAGCUUUUCUACAACUCUCUGGCUCCUCACGAGAAGGCGCACGUUCUGUCCGCUCUUAGCUUUGAAUUGGACCAUUGCGAUGACCCAGUCGUCUAUACCCGCUUGACCGAGCGUCUAGCUGACAUUGAUCUUGAGUUGGCGCAAGGCGUUGCUGAGGCGGUUGGUGCGCCGGUCCCACAGAAGGCUGGAACGCCAAAUCAUAACAAGAAGUCUCCGUCGCUGAGUCAGACUUACUACAACCCGAAGGAGCCUACCAUUGCCACGCGCAGAGUUGCCAUUCUCGUUGCGGACGGCUUCGAUCCCGUUGCUUAUUAUGGUGUCAAGGCUGCCUUGACGGCCGCAGGAGCCCUUCCCUUCACCAUUGGACCCAGGCGUCUUCCCGUCCAUGCUCAGGGCGAAGAUAAGAGUGGCAAAGGCGUUAGCCCCGAUCACCACUUUGAAGGAAUGCGCUCAACAUUGUUCGAUUCCAUCUUCAUCCCCGGUGGUGCCCAUGUGGAGAAGCUCCGGAAGAAUGGACGUGCUCUGCACUGGGUUCGGGAGGCGUUUGGUCACUUGAAGGCCAUUGGUGCAACCGGUGAGGCGGUUGCUCUGGUUCGGGAUGCCUGCCAGCUCCCAGGUGUCCAGUUCUCGAGUAGCAAUGAGGUUGUUGACUCGUAUGGCGUUGUCACUGCGGCCGCUACUCACCCUCAGAGCUUCAAGGAGACCAUCAAGAUGGUCAAGGGAGCCAAGGACUUUAUCGAUGUCUAUACAUAUAACAUUGCCCAACACAAGAACUACCAGCGGGAGCUGGAUGGGCUGGCUUCAAUGGUGGCCUUUUAAGGGUUUGGAGCUUGAUGGUCUGGAUCGGACCGCUAAUACCCGACGACAUGGUGGGAUGGUAAAUUGAAUGAGGCGUUUGGUUUGAAAUGACACGUUUGUGGUUUGAUAGGUUUACCAUUUAGCCGUUCAUAUUUUAAUCUCG